UCAAACUAUCCAGAGGCAAAAGAAGCAUUAAGAGAUUUUGUUGGCUAUUCUGGGAUUGUUAGAAUGAUUACCGAGUUUGGAUGGAGAACGAAUGUUGAGAACUUUGGGAUAAAUAGUGAAGAACUUAAUGAAGUAGUAGAAAAGGAACAGAAGGAUCAGGUAGAUCCGGAUGAGCAAAGAAAAAAUAAAAAGGCAAGGGAAGCUUCUGAUAUAUCAUCAGAAACUUCACAAGGAUCUAGUGAUAUAAAAUCAAAAAGAAAAAAUAAAUUAAGUAAACAAGUGAAACCAAAAAAAGUAUUUUUGGGAGAAUCUAAACAUGAUAGUGUUAAAAAACAAUUGAAAAAAGAAAAACUUUUGCGGAAACGAAGUUUUUUGGAAAGAAUUAAAUCUCAAAAAGAGCAACAGGGAGAUUCGGGUUAAUUUUAUUUUGGGGUUAUUUAAAUGUUUUUCCUUUUGAUUAAUUAAAUCAGCCACAAAAUUCCCUCAUUGUGCCAUUUUAGGAUAUAUUUACCUAUAUACUUUUGGCACUCCUGGCUAUCGUGGGAUUCAGAAGCUUGAUUGUAUACUGAUUAAGAGCUUUACAGAUAACUUAACACCGUCACGUGUAUCGAACCUGAAUUUCCUAAUAUCCGCUAAUCACUCAUCAUAUUUCAUAAUCAAUCAAAUUAAAUUAUAGAUAAAACUAACGAAAAAAAAUCUGCAUUUUACGAUGAAAAUUUCCACAAAGAAAUACAAAAGUAUUCUACAAAUGAAAAAUUCAAAAAAGAUUAUUUUGAGCCAAUAUUAAAUAAAAUAGAAGAUACUUUAGAUUUGGCAAAAGAUUUAGUUAAUUAUGAAAAUAAGGAGGAGAGGAAGUGGAUUAAUGAAAUUAAAGAUAAAUGGGACGGUAAAAAGAUGCAAAUUUUAUCAAACAAUGAAAAGAAGUUGACUUUAAUAAAGGAAAAUUUAAAAGGAUUUUUAAAUAAAGUUAAAGAAGAAAUUAAAGAAAAUUUAUUG